AUGGAUGAACGUGAUCUGUUUCUGGCAGAACUGCUGCGGCACGAGGGACAUGCAGGUCACACUUCUGAUACGUGUCCUGGGUGUCCAUGUCCAACAUCAACUCCCCCUCAAUAUCGGUGUCAAGACUGUUUCGAUUCGCAAUUAUACUGCGGCUCCUGCAUUGUCCAGAAUCACAUACGGUCACCUACUCAUUGUAUAGAGGAAUGGAACGGUCAAUUUUUUCAGCAUGUUUCAUUGAAAAGCAUGGGUCUUUGCAUCCAGCUUGGACAUGCAAUCGGCAAAUGGUGUAUUCUUCCAAGGAAAGUGUUCAACAAUGAUUUUUCAAAGGCCUCUGCAUAUGAGUUUUAUCACUCACUGGUUCGUUUAACGGACAACAUGGGCUUGACCAGACGAAAGGAUCAAUACGAAUCUUUCAUGUGCAUGGUCCGUGAAUGGCGUCACUUGGUAAUGUUAAAACGCUCAGGGCAUGGCCAUGAUCCAACUGGUGUAGCAGGUACCUCAGAGGGUCAGUGUGCUGUAUUGUGCCCUGCAUGUCCACAACCUGGGAAAAAUCUGCCAGACAAUUGGCAAGAUGCUCCAAAGUCCAAAGGUUGGCUAUAUGGUCUUUUUCUGGUGAUUGAUGCCAAUUUUCGUCUGAAAAGACAUGCAGUGUCAUCCAACAAGACUGAUCCCAGCCUUUCACGAGGCUGGGCCUAUUUCAUAGAGGAGACAUCUUACAAGUCUUACAUUUUGGACAGAGCUGGAGACGUACCAGAGAAAAGCACAUGCUCAAAUCAUAAUGCCGUGAAUAUGGCAGAAACCAAGUUAUCUCAAGGACUUGCGGCAAUGGGCAUGGGUACUGUUGAUUGUGCACAUCAUAAUAUGAAGCAUCCUAACGGAGUCGGCGACCUUCAAAAGGGAGAAAAGUAUCUGAACAUGGAUUAUCUCUUUUUCUCUACACUACAACACUUGACAGUAGAUGUUUUAAACGUGUCAUAUGACAUUGCUUGUCAGUGGCACAAGCAUCUUUGGUCACGCAUGCUAUCUUUGCCGCCUUCACACCACUUCAAUUAUCUGGCGAGGACAAUCCACUUCUUUGUGCCCAAGUUUCAUCUUCCUGCGCACGUCUCUAACACGAAGGGUAUGGGUCCAGGAUGCCAUCAAGACACGCUAGAUGAUCAUUUUGGUGACUGGAACUGGAAGAAAAUGAAAGAAGCUCAAACACAAAAGAUCGAACACAGUACUGCAUUUGAGGAGUUUGAUAGUGUCAUUAUUUCUGAAAACCGCAUGGCCACGACAUUUACUAACCCAUUAGAGCUGAAAGGCAUCGCAAUUACACAAGCCAGUGCACGCUUGAGCUUGGCCCAGCUCGAGGCCAAGGAGCUCGAGCGUGGUGUAGAUCUUUCGCUUCACCCUGAUGUAUCGCCAAGUGUACUUAUCACAUCAGGCAUGGACCUUGAAGAAGAACAGCGGUGCUUGAAGGUUAUUGUCGACAACAUGGGCAUUCAUGCCACAGACUCACAGAAGUUGAGCGUCCUCCGCAUGAGGAUGUCUCUUUGUCGAAAGAUCGACUCUUGGAGGCAGACCCAACUUCUAUAUAUCCCGUCAGUACGAUUGCUCAUCACCGCGUCAGCAACCGGUGGUCUCAACAAUGCUGAACUUACGAAGCUGUGGCUCCCAUCCGCAUUGAAUACCAAUACUUGUGAUCCUCACCUCCAGCCCCAUGAUGCUCUAGAAGAGCUGAGGCAGUGCCUCCGUGUACAUUGCUCCCGCUUGAAUUUCAAGAGAGAGUGGAUUCAAGGCCAAGGGGCCAAUACUCAUGCCCAGAACAUGCUCGCACGUGUACAUGCAAGGCAGGCGACCUGCAUGAAGUGCUACAGGACCGCAUGGGGGGCUCUCAAAUCUCUUGCAGCAAGUCUGAAGAAAGACCUCUCCGAUGAUGAUGUGAAGCCACUUAUCGAUCCAUGUGCCACUCAGGGAGAGGGAAGGCGAAAGCUAACAUGGAUUUGGAUGAUGGACGGUGUGGACAGCCAUGCAGAUGGAGGAGAUGUCGAUGGUGUUCGUGUGGAAUGGUGCAAAUCUCGGGCCCGAGCACUUCGUUGGGGUGAAGAGGUCGACCUUCUCCAGGAGGAGAUGCACCGGGCAAACUGGUGGGAAGGACAAGGAGUCCUCCAGGUCAACAAGUUGGCACCAUGCAAUGCAGAAGCAGGAACUGCUGCCCACCGCGAGGCCGCUGCCCGGAUGAAAGUUUGUGUGCCUAUGCUUCUCGGCAAGCUAACAUCCACCAUCGCCUCGCUGCCCAUUUCCACAGCAUAUGGGCACCAGUCAUGUCUCCUCAAGACGCACUGGGUAAUCCGGCUACCGCACUACCAUUACCCAACUUGA